AUGCUUCCAAAUAAGUAUCUCCAGUAACAUGGCUAUUCUUCACCUUGGACGAGUAGCUAUUUCUGUUAGACAAAUUACUUCCUCUUCAGACUUUUUGGCUGCUCUUGAAUGCAAGAAUAUGUCAAAGCUUCUCUCAGGGUUAGGUUUCAUUAUGGCCAUCCUGAUAUUUUUGACAGAAUCUUCCACAUAACAAAUGGUGGUAUAAGCAAAGCUUCAAAAGUUAUUAAUUUGAGUGAGGACAUAUUUGCAGGGUUCAAAUCAACCUUGCGUGGGGGCUAUAUUACACAUCACGAGUACAUCCAAGUUGGGAAAGGGCGCGAUUUAGGAAUGAAUCAGAUAUCUGCUUUUGAGGCAAAGGUUUCAAAUGGCAAUGGGGAGCAGACAAUUAGCCGCGAUGUUAAUCGGCUUGGACUCAAGCUAAAAAUGGUAUGCACCUUCAUAGGAAACCACCCCCCGAGAGGCAAUAUGGACAACCAGGACAAUACUCAACUUUUGGAAAGCGACCUCAAUGACUUCCAACCAAUGUCGAGAAACCUUUUCGUGGGAGGAGUAGAACAAGAACAAUCAAAUACUUUAGAUGAUGAACGAACACCUACUGGGGGUGAACAACCAGUAGUAGUAGUUGCAACCCACAACUCCCCAGCUUUAAGUAAUGUGGUGGUUCCAACCAAGCCAAGGAGAAGUGGAAAGCUAAAUCCAGAGCCCAGCUCAUCCAAACACAAUGAUGAAUUAAUGAAGAAAAACGCAGAACUUAAGAAGCAGUUAAAAGACAUACAAAGGUCUGUUGAUGAGCUAAAGAGUCCAAGAUCACGACAACAAGCCUUGGAUUUGGACAGUGCCCCUCUCAACCAAUCCAUUACUGUAGAGCCAUAUCAAGAGGGAUUUAAAAUUCCCCAUUUAGAAACAUAUGAUGGUUCCGACGACUCGGAUGAACACUUACACACUUACCAAGCCAUCAUGAAAAUUCAAAAUGCUACUGAUGCAAUGAUGUGCAAAAGAGAGAUAAAGCGUACUACUACUGAGUUAAUGCAAGUUCACCAGAAGAAAGGAGAAUCUUUGAGAGACUAUAUGCAAAGGUUCAACAAAGCCACCCUAGACAUUGAUAAUGUCUCUAACACCAUCUGUUUGUUUGCCCUACUGCAUGGUUUAAAACCUGGUCGGUUCUUGGAUGACCUGCUAGAGAAUCCACCAAAGUCAUGGAACGAAGUAAAUGACAGGGGCAAGGGUAUCAACUCGGCAACAAUCAAAAUCCUUAUCAAGGGAGUCAGUACUCAUUUGAGUUUGGCAGAACCUACAGAGGACGUCCAUUCAACCAGGGAAGAACUUGAUGUGGUGAUGCCCCAUGCUAACCCCUUCGUGGCAAUAGUUCACAUAGGUAAUCAUAACGUCAAUAAAGUCUUCGUUGAUAUGGGCAGCUCUCCCAACAUCUUAUAUUGGAGCUGCUUCCAGAAGAUACAAUUAAACCCAGCUUCCAUGCAGAGAUAUGAAGGGCCUAUAUAUGGGUUUGAUAAUCAGCCCGUCCCAGUUGAAGGGGUGAUCACACUUCCAAUCUACAUGGGUACUGAGCCGCGAUUUAGGAUGGCGUUUGUCAGCUUCUUGGUGGUGAAGAUGGAGUCAGCUUACAAUGCCAUAAUUGGGAAAGCCACUCUUUGCGAGCUAAAAGUUGUCAUUUCUCAGCCACACCUCUACAUGAAAUUCCCAACUCCUCAUGGAGUAGGGAUACCAAGCCAACCGGGUCUACAGGCGAUGAGUAUCUCUGACAUAGACCACCGUCCAAAGAACAUAGAACAUAAAGCUGAACCAGUUGAGCCAAUAGAAACAAUUCCAUUAAACCUCGAUGAACCAGAAAAGACGGUGAAAAUUGGAACUAAGCUCACAGAGAAAGAAAGAGCAAAGCUCCUAGAGUUCUUAAAAGCCAACCAAGAUGUUUUUGCGUGGACAACGGUUGAAAUGCCUAGAAUUUCGUCAGAAUUGGCAGUUCACAAGCUUAGCACAGACUCGACCAAAAGGCCAGUGGUGCAAAAACACCGCCUUAUGGGCCCUAAGAAGCAAGCUGCAAUAGAUGAAGAGGAAAAGACAGUAUUUUAUGCAACGGAUGCAAUCUAUUGUUAUGUUAUGAUGCUGUUUGGUUUGAAGAAUGCUGGUGCAACAUAUCAAAACGUGCGAGCUGAAGAUCAUAUUGACGACCUAAAAGAAACAUUUCAGAACCUACGCGGAGCACAAAUGAGGUUAAACCCGUUGAAAUGUACAUUUGCUGUGGAAUCAGGCAAAUUUCUAUGGUAUGUGGUGUCUAAGAAAGGAAUCGAGGUUACUUUUGCACUCGUUUGUACUGUCCGAAAACUAAGGGCCUAUUUCCAAUCUCACAAAAUUGUCAUCUACACCGACCUACCAUUGAAGAAGAUAUUACAGAAGCCUAAGUUUUCUGGUCGGCUAAUUGGGUGGGUGAUCGAGUUGAGUGAAUAUGACCUCAAGUUUCAACCACGCACAACCAUUAAGGGCCAAGCUUUAGUAGACUUUAUAGUAGAAUGCCACCCACUGGCUAUAGAAGAAACCGUGCUGUCAGGCUCAGUAUGGGCUUUGUUUAUAGAUGGGGCUGUAAGUGUUGAAGGAUCAGGGGUAGGGGCAGUGCUAACAGGCCCAAAUGGUUUCAAAUCUAAGCAUCCACUAAGAUUUAAUUUUAAGACAAUGAAUAAUGCCGCCGAAUAUGAAGCACUCAUUUAUGGUCUAAAGUUAGCGUCUGAGCUGAAAGCGUCAUUUUGUGGUGAUUAUGGUAUCGAACUCUCUUUUACGUCCGUAUACACUCCACAGUCAAAUGGGCAAGCAGAAUCAGCUAAUAAGAUUGUAUUGCGAGGACUUAAGACAUGCGUCUUAGCCACACACUCCAAUUGGGUUUAUGAGCUCAACAAGGUAUUAUGGUCAUGCUGCACAACUCCAAACUCGGCCAUGAGAGAAACCCCAUUCUCCCUUGCUUACGAAGCUGAGGUUGUCCUUCCUAUGGAAGUAGGUUUAUCGACUAACAAAUCUGCCCGGCAUGAUAAUCCUGAUAACGAGCAACUCCUAAGAAAAAACCUAGACCUUGUGAAGGAGCCAGCCCUAGUGAAAUGGAAGUGCAGAGAGCCGGCUCUGGAAGCUGCAGUCGGCUCCACAGGUAAAAAUUUGAAGAUUGUUGUUUGGCGCGCGCAGAGAAAAGACACAAAGCCGGCUCCAACUUUGCAGCCGACUAAUGGAGUGCCAUCCUGGAUAGCCGGCUCUGGAAGUGUAAGCCGGCUCUGCAGAGCCGACUCUCUUGACAAUCCUGCAACUCGAGCUUUGUGUCCUGCAGGGCAUUUAAUGACCCCCAACGACUAGUAACGGCUAUUUUCGACCAUGGGGUUAUAAAUAUGGUUGGUAGAAGGUCUGAAGAGGUUUAGAGAGCAUUGUAUUGAGUAUCUUUGCCUACUUACUUGAGCUUUAACUUGAGUUUUUAAUCUUUGAGAGAUCUUUGUUUGUAAUCCUCUUCUUGUGCUAUUAGUGAAUGAUCUUAGGGGUGUGUUGAUUCCUUCAAGAGUGAUCUGUAGAGAGGAUCUUUGGGGUUUAAGUGUAAAGGGGUGAGAUUUGAGAGAAACCCUUCUUCUUGUAAAGGAUUGAGUGGCUCCUUUAAGCCACCAUUGUUUUUGUUAGUGGAGAGUGUGGAGGAAAUCCUUGGUGAGUGAAGCCAAGGUAGAGGAUUAAACUCCAAGUGGUUGGACCGAACCUCUAUAAAAUCAUUGUGCAAGC